UAUUAGAUAGUUUCAUUGCACCUCAGCGUUUGACCUUGAGUGCAGUGUUGUUCUCUAAAGGGCUGAGGAGAAAAUGAGCACGUCAUAAACACCCCGAUGUGCCCUGGGCGCUAAUGGAGUUGUAUUCUUGUAUUUAAAAUGACACCCACGAUUUGAAAUACUGAACUUACAUGAAAAGAUGCCUGAAUGUGUUCAGUGCACUGAGAGCUGCGUGUGCAGAGGGCCGACUUGUCAGACAUGUUACCACCAGCGGUAUCUCAGCAGGCCCCAACUGGCCCUCACCACAGAGUGUGAAGCUUUUUAUCAACUGACAAAUCCCACUUCAUCUCAUGAUAUGCCGGCCUGGUAUCAGAGAGUCAUAGCUGCACAUUCAAGGUGCCACUGGGGUUUUACCAGCAAUACUUGUGUAGGAGCCAUGGUGACCUUACUCAGGCACUAUAAACUAAAAGAGCCAUGGGUAGGAUUUAAGACAAUAUAAAAUGCACUUAUUCAGGCAAACCCUGUGUUAUUAUAUCCUCACGUGUUUGUGCAGCAUCAUGUUGUACAAAGCACCGCUGGUUUACUGCUGCCGCACAUCACCGGCCUAAUGGGAGACUAUUAGAAGCUUCCCUGGCGUGUAAUUUGCUCUCAGAAAUUAACACCCGGAUUAUUCUACGAGGACAUGACAGCAAAUAGUUACAUAAUGUAAAUAAAAACAUUGCGGCCACGGUGUCUUCAGAUUGGUGCGCGCCGCCCGAUGUCCCGGAUGGUGCUCCCACCGGAAGAGAAGGGGCAGCUCUCCCAGCCAUCUUGUGGCAGCAACCAGCGAUUUGUUCGCAUCAAGCCUCGUAGAAUCGGAGGUGAAUCCCGCUGAAGGGGCGCCAUCAUGCCCGGACACCUGCAAGAAGCCUUCGGCUGCGUCGUAACCAACCGGUUCGACCAGUUAUUGGACGACGAGUCCGACCCGUUCGAGAUCCUGAAAGCGGCGGAGAACAAGAAGAAGGAGGGGGCCGCCGCUGCCUCCGCCAAGUCCGCGGCUCAAGCCGCCAAGCAGCCGAAGAAGGAGUCACAGAAGGACCGAAAGAACCCGCUGCUGGACAAGAAGGAGGAGUCCCAGGCUCCGGUCCCACUGAAGAAAGAAGGUGUAAGGCGAGUGGGACGGAGACCAGAUCAGCAGGGCCAGCCUGGUUACCAGAAUCAGGGUGGGCAGGGUGAUGGGCGACCUGGAGACAAGAGGCCGGACCGGAGGCCUCCUCGCGAGCGCCGUUUCGAGAAGCCGGCCGAGGACAAGCCCGAGGGAGGCGGAGAGUUCUCUGCAGACAAGCCUCCUGGAGACCGGCCCCCCAGAGGGCGUGGUGGCGGACGAGGUGGGCGUGGUGGAAGAGGGCGGGGCAUGGGCCGAGGUGAAGGCUUUGACUCCCGUGGGAAACGAGACUUUGACAGACACAACGGCAAUGACAGAUCCAGUCAGAAAACUGAGGAAAAGCGCAGCGGCGGCGGCGCACACAACUGGGGCAACGUGAAGGAGGAAGUGAGUGAGGCUGAACAGACUGCAGCUCCAGAAACGACCCCAGUGGGAGAGGAAAAUGCACCUGCCGGCUCUGAGAACAAGGAGAACGAGGUUGAAGAAGUUAAAAACGAAGGCCCCAAAGAGAUGACCCUGGACGAGUGGAAGGCCAUGCAGGACAAGGAGCGCACCAAGGUGGAGUUCAACAUCCGUAAGCCCAACGAGGGAGCCGACAGCCAGUGGAAGAAAGGAUACGUGCUGCACAAGUCCAAGAGUGAAGAUAGGCCUGUUGGUGCUUUGAUCGACGUCGCAGAACCGGAAGCAGAGCCGACCCCCGUGUUCAACAAGCUGGGCACCCCGGAUGAUUCCACCGACCACCACUUCCGCAAACCGGCCAACGACAUCACAUCUCAGCUGGAGAUCAACUUUGGAGAUCUGGGCCGCCCCGGGCGUGGCCGCGGGGGAGCUCGCGGUGGCAGGGGAGGCCGCGGUGGUGGAGGCGGUGGUGGAGGGGCAGGUGGAGCUGGAGGCGGAGGUGGAGGCGGAGGCGGAGGUGGCGCUGGAGGCAGCAGGCCAGCACGCGGCGGAGGACGGCCCGAAAAGGCGAGUGGAGUGUCAGUCCCCAACGUGGAUGAUCCCGAGGCCUUUCCAGCCCUGGCCUAAAAGCUCUUUUUCCACCACCAGCCCACCGAUCCGCCCUUCCGGGCCCCUCCUCUACGAGGCUUGCAUGCUUACAUCUUUAAGUAUAUAAGAAAACAGAAAAAAAAGAUUUUAAAUGACAAAGACUCAUCCCAUACCACUCACACCCCCAGAGGACUAAAUUGUACCUGUUUUAAAGGAGAACAAAAGACAAAAAGAGAAAAGGACCUCUUGUUACACUGAAGUUUUGUAUUUAGGAACAUGAAAGCAGGGAUGUUUUCAUACUUAUUUUUUUUGUUCAGAGAUUAUGCAUAUGUCAUUGAUAUUUUUUGUUGUGCUGCUCGAAUUACUGCAUUUCUGCGAUUAGGUUGAAGUGUGUGUCUCUCUUCCUCUGAAGCGUUUGUGCUUUUUUCCUCAUGGUUCAGCUCAGUAUUAUGCGGUCAUCUUAGAAAAUACUUUCUACUGGAGUUUUCCCUCCCAGUAAUCCACACUAAUGUGGUAGCACUACAAUACAUAGGAUACGUGUACUAGAUAUCUGAAGUGCGGCUAAACGUGCAUUUACGAUGUGAUUACUCUGAUCCUGACUCCCAUCCCUUUGCGAGGCACAAAGUCAGGAUGGGUAACCAGACAAAGAGACUUCCUACUGAAGCUUGGUAUUUUUCUGCUUGUUGUGAAGUGAAAGUAACUGCCUCUUUUCCUUUUUGUUUUGAUAGCUCGCCUUUUAUUUGGUGGACCAGUGGUUAGUGAUGCUUUGUAUUCCCUGAUCCAGAUGUGCUACCUGUGUUUUCAGGGUGUCCCAAGGCCCAAUGUGUAUAUCUUUAGGCUGGUCCUCGUAGGGCGGACAGACUGUGCUACUUUUACUCAAGACCACUAAGCAAAUAUUGUAUUCUUUUUGUUACAGGUGUGUGUGUGUGUGUGUGUGUGUGUGUAGGUAAGUGUGUGUGACAGAUUGUGUGAAUUUGACAGCUAGUUACUUAUUUAAGUAUUCUUCUUCACUGAACUUGCCACUGAAAAUAGAAGACAAGUUCUCUGCUGAAUGGUUCAUCCUGUCCAUUAAGAAGUGAUUGUUGAAAUCUGAAUGAGAAUGAUACACUAGACUGAGGACAUGUCUUGCUUUUAAAGUAUCUCUAAUGUCUUUCUCUGAGCACUUUGUUUUAUCGGCACCAGUCUUCUAAAGAUUGUUUCCCCCUCAUGUAAACCAUAUUUGCUGUUUUUAAUUUGUAUUUUAUCAGUGCAUAAUUUGUCUGAAAGGAAUGUUGGCGUCAUUGUGAACAAUCCCCAGCUCCAGAAUGUAACGUAAGCUUGCGGUGCUUUAAGCCACCUGUGUCAGCAUUUCCAGUGAGCAUUUUGUUUUAAUGAAGCGGGGUAUGUUUUACAUUGGGUGGGGUUAGGGUUCUGAACAAGAUGGGGUACAUUUAAAGCUUUACAUGCUGUUCUGCAAAUACUUGCUGGUGAUGAACUGAUGCAGACGGCUGGAGCCGUUUCCCUGUUGGACUGUUGGAGCCCCGUGACGGUUAAACGUUCUCUGCAAACAUCCCUGUUCUAAUAAAUUGCUUUAGAGGUG